GCCACCUGCCUCGCCCAGCACGCAAGAAGCGAUCCAGGGCAUGCUAUCGAUGGCAAACCUCCAGUCAUCAGAGUCCUGCCUGCAGACGUCGUGGGGUACCAAUCAGGCCAAGAAUAACUCCAUCUCCACACAAAACUCUAAAAAAACAGGUGGUGGCAGCAACAGAAAUGCCGGCAAGCGGUUACUAAAGAAAAGCACAAAGAACAGUAUUGACAUCGAAGAUUACGAUGAAGACCAGGACCACUUAGAUGCCUGUUUUAAAGAUUCAGAUUACGUUUACCCUUCUCUCGAAUCGGAUGAAGAUAAUCCAGUAUUCAAAUCCCGAUCAAAGAAAAGGAAAAGUUCAGAUGAUGCCCCUUACAGUCCAACGGCACGAGUCGGCCCCUCAGUGCCUCGACAAGACAGACCAGUGCGAGAGGGCACCAGAGUCGCCUCCAUUGAGACUGGACUCGCUGCUGCUGCCGCGAAGUUAUCACAGCAGGAGGAACAAAAAGGCAAGAAGAAAAAAAAUACCAAAAAGAAGCUGUCAACCAACAACGCGAACAAACCGGCUCAGGAAGGCAGCUCGCCAGAGCCGAAGCUGGAGUCACAUGCCAGCAGCCUCACAGAUCACGAGUACACCGCAGGGGCCAGCACCUUUGGGGUCGCCCAGCCUAACAGGGGAUCGCAGCCGAUGGCACCGGGUGUUUUCCUCACACAGAGGAGACCCUCUUCAUCCUCGCAGAACAAUGCCUCCGCCAAAG